AUGAGGUACGACGUCAGUGGUGGUUUUUGUGGGUGUCAAAUAUUCGAAAAGUAAAUGGUGCUAUGAUUUUCAAUUGUUAUUAUUAACUUUAAUUUAUAAAAUAAUGUGAAAUGCUCUGAUGAGAAGCAAUAAUAUAACGAAAAGAUGUAUUAAAGUUUAAAUUAAUUGUGGUUAAAACAGAAUUUAUAGUUCCAAAAAUUUUAAAAUGAGUCUAACUAUGACCAAAAAAGUUAGUGAAUGCCAAGCGGAGACUGUACAGUUUAUGCCUAUAGAAAAAGUAGAAGAUGAAUGCAGUCCAGAACAGUUUUGUGCAGGCAGCACACUCCUCCGACGGGGUAAAAAACUGGAAGACAACAAUAACUUGACAAAAGAGGACCUGGAGUACCUAAACUAUAGACAGCUUCUCAAGUACGAGCAAGCUCCGUAUUACCUGCAACACAAUCCCUUCAUCCGGGAUGGAUAUAGAAAAUUGUUACCUACAAAACUAUGCUGGGAAAGCAUAUUCUGGUGGACCAACGAGACGAUGAACAUAUGGACGCACAUAUUCGGCUUCUUCUUGCUGCUGUUCCUCACCAUCAACGAUCUCGUCAUCAUCAACAUCCACGCCACGGUCACAGACAAGAUUGUAGCUGGGAUACUGUUUUCUUGUUUUCUGAUCUGCAUGGCUCUAUCGGCUCUCUACCACACGUUUUCGUGUCGUUCCGAGAACGAUUACAAUACGUUCCUAAUGUACGAUCUCUUCGGGAUCGCGCUGUCGCUUCUCGCGAUAUACACCUCGGGGGUCUACUACGCAUUCUGGUGUCAUUCUGAGCUGAAAACCUUUUACAUGACAUCAGUGACGCUGAUCUUCAUCCUGGCGAUGGUGCUUCAGAUCCCGCGGCUGAAUGUGCCUUACUUGGUGAAGAUGUGCGUGUUCAUAGGCUGGGCCGCGUAUGGCGUGCUGCCUACGCUGCACUGGACUUAUGCUAUGGGAGGAUUUGAGAAUCCUAUGGUCCAGAUGUUCUUCCCUAGAGUUAUAGGGAUGUACAUCAUAAGUGGGACAGCUUUCGUGAUAUAUGCCUUCAAGGUGCCAGAGCGCUGGUUCCCAGGGCAAGUCGACUACAUCGGGCACUCGCACCAGUGGUGGCACGUGCUAGUGCUGGGCGCGCUGUACUACUGGCACAACUCCGGCAUGAUGUACGUGCAGUACCGCAUGAACCACGGCUGCGCGAAUACUAUGCGCAUAUUCUAAACCUUAUCACCUUGGCUUAAGAUUCAAAAUUAGUAACCACGUCUCGUCCAAUAACGGUUAUUUUACCUUGACUUCAGCUUGUCGUAGGCGCGUCACACUACGCUCGCCGCGCGUUCCAAAUUCAAAAACGUCGAUCGUCAUCGUCAUGUACCACGUCUGCGCCAACACCAUGCGCGUAUUCUAAUCCUUAUUGCCAUCUAAUAAGAUUCAGAAUUAAUAUUCAUUAGCCUCUGCGCCAACGUAUAUUCUAAACUAAAAUGGAUCUUAUUGUCUUGUCUUAAGACCCAAUGCAGUGGUGCCAACGUACUUGUCUACUCGUAGUUUUGAUUUGGUAGGUAUUGCUCAAAAAAUCUUUAGCUAAAGAUGUGUCAAAAUAAAAGGUGAUCUUCCCUUUUUCUUCGUCUAAUGUUUUAAGAGGUCUGUCGAAUUCAGACCCAAGAAAUUAGCAUUCUCUCUAUUACUAUUCGAAAGAGAAAAAAAUUAUGGGUUGUGUGCUCAGAUCAAAUUCAAACUCAAAUUCAAAUUCAAUAAUUUAUUUGGUAGAAUACAUAAUUACAUGCCCGUUUUACAAGGCAGAUCUUAUAGUUACUAUGAUUCCCAUGUAUUCAGCCUGCAAGCAGACUGGAAGUGAUGCUCACAAAGGCUCAAAGUUGGCUAGUUAUGACGUAUACUUUUCUUGGCUCUUUCAUGGUGUAGACAGGUUAACAUUAUUCCACAUUAUAUGUAAUACAAAGACGUACUUAAAUAGAAAAAUAUUGUAAUGUUACUGUAUGGACUUACAGUUUACACGAGCUACAUCUGACAG